GAAAGGAUUGCGGAAGAGAAAAGCGCUAAGAGUCGCCUCUUCCCUGCCAGCUUCUCUAGACUGUUCGCACGCCCCACAUCGGGCAACCCCCUAUCUUGGGAGACCCUGCACCUACGGCAAGCAGAAUGGCUUCCUUUGGAUGGAAAAGGAAGAUUGGUGAGAAGGUCUCAAAGGUCACUUCCCAGCAGUUUGAAGCUGAAGCUGCUGAUGAGAAGGAUGCAGUUGAAAAUGAUGAAGGGAACUGGCUUCAUGCCAUUAAACGGAGGAAAGAAAUUCUCCUUGAAGGCUGUGCUGAGAAAAGUAAACAGCUGAAGGACGAAGGAGCCACUUUGGCUGAAAAUAAAAGAUACCGAGAGGCGAUUCAGAAGUGGGAUGAAGCACUACAGUUAACCCCAAAUGAUGCUACCCUGUAUGAGAUGAAAUCACAGGUCCUAAUGUCUCUUCAUGAAACGUUCCCAGCAGUUCAUGCUGCAGAAAUGGCUGUCCAGAGAAAUCCACAUUCAUGGGAAUCUUGGCAAACUUUGGGACGUGCUCAGCUUGGACUAGGAGAGAUAGUCUUGGCAAUUCGAAGUUUUCAAGUAGCCCUUCACAUCUAUCCAAUGAACCCAGAAAUAUGGAAAGAAGACCUUUCUUGGGCAAGAACGCUCCAGGAGCAGCAGAAGGUAGCACAGAGGAUUAAAAAAAGUGAAGCACUAGCAGAGGUAACACAUGUCUCACCAAAGUCAAUUCCUGAGUAUGACUUUGAAAGUGAGGAGAUUGUAGCUGUUUGUGCAGCUAUUGCUGAAAAACAGAAGACAGUUGCAGCAAAUAAAACAAUGGUUAUUGUGUCGGCUUCUGGGACUGUAGAGACUGUGACUGAGAAGGAAGAUGGUGCUGCUCCACCAGAUGGCUCUGUUUUUAUCAAAGCCCGAUGAAGCUUAGCAGGAAUCAUUUGAAUCUAUCUUUGCCACCUAAAUUUUAGCUGUGGGGGCAUUUAGAGAAACAGGGCAAAACUCCUGUUUGUAAAAUAAGUUUUUCAGAUGAGGCAUAUAGAAACUAAAUGGAAGAAUUAUUGUGUAGUGUUUGGACUCUGCUUUGAUAAGCUAUGAUUUCAGCUUCUUAAGAUUAAAAUUCUGAGUACAGUGGUUUUUUGAUUAAUAAGCUUAAUUUAAUCCAAAUAUAUAAGUGAAUGCAUUUUAAAGAUACAACUUGCAAAGUAAAUUCUCAUAGUGAAUAACUUGAUGGCCAGUGUUAUUAAAAUAUUGACUUGUUGGCUUUUAUGAUAAAGGAAGUAGGCUUCUUUCCAUGCUAGAAAUACACUGCUGUUACUCUUUACUCUUCUUUUUCUCUUCUUUCAUUAGAGUAAGUCUGUCACAAAGCUUGAAUCUUUUUGACAUUCAUUUUGAUUCAAGGUUGUCAUUUGGUUAUAUGUGGGAUCCUUGAAAUUUUUCUGAAAAUGCAUGCAAAUGUGUACAUUCUGAAUAUUUUCUGAAGUUUCUCUUAAUUCUGUUUUGUGCUUUUGUUUUGACUUUAUAACUAUUUAUAACAAUGAUAGUUGCUAGUUUCAGUAUUUGUUAGAUGUGUGAAAUACUGAUAAAUGUCAGAAUCAUGGUUUUAUUUUUUAAAUUAUUAAAGUAGAUAGAGUAGUCCUUAGCACCAAGUGAGUCAUUUUUAAGAUGUGCAUUUUUUAAAGCAAACGGCUCUUAUAGAUACAUCAUAACAAAUUGCACUGCUGUUGUCCCAGUCAAAAGCAGUUAUUUUCUUUUCCUUAUUUUUACAAGAUUAAAACCCUUGAAAAUAACUUAUCUCUUGAUAUAACUUUUCAGCUGAUGCCCUGGAUUUCCUUUUCUACUUAACUUUUCUGGAACUACUCAGUGAAAUGAGAAACAAUCACAGUUUUAAAUAGCUAUAUUAUACCUUUCUAAAAAUUGGGAAAGAAAAAGUAGAGAUUUAUUAAAGUGCCAAUGAGUGAAUACCUUAGGCACAACAUACAUAGAAACUGAAAUGUGAUUUAUGGUUCAGUCCCAUGAGUAGAAAGGAUAUAUUGCAGAAUAUAUUUCAUUGAAAGGCCACAGUCACAUCCACAAGUCAAUACUGUCAUUGCUAAUGUUAAUUGUUAUUUUUAUGCCACAUAUAUGUUAGUACAGUAGAACUGCUGUGUACUGUUACUUCUGAAACUCAGGAAGCUAUUAUUGGUUUAAAAUUAAUUUUAUCCUUGUUAGAGAGGAAGUAAGUUAUUUUAAAGAAUCUUACCUUACCCUCUGAGGGCAUGUACAUGUAAUAGUGUACAUUUUUCUGAGAUGAUUUAAAAACAUUUCUUUUAGUGGAAUGCUUACCUCGUUUUUUCAGAGUUGGAGAAGCCAGAACUUGCCUUGAAAAGUAUUAUAUUUUUUCCCCAAAGUUGUAUCAGAAAGUUAGCUCUGGUUAAAGAAGUUAGUUUUAGAAAGAUCCAAAAAACAAAUAUUAAUUAUAUUUUAUUUUGUUUAAUAAGGCAUAUUCUCAAAGGGCAGAUAGUUGGGUAUCUAGAGAAGUGAGCACUUACUAUUUCGUACGUUGUUUUGAGUAAUGGAUGUUUAUUGUAUAAUUUGUGAAUAAAUAGUUUUUUUCUGCUUUUAAAGGUUUGCCUAUUUUGUGGUGUUAGCUUUUGAAAAAUUAGAUUGAUUUAUUUAAUUCAUUUCUUAUGUGAAAAUAAAAUAUGUAAGGCACCUUGUAUGGUGUCUUGUGUAUGAAGUACUCAGUAAAUGCUAGCUAUUUCUAUGAAGAACUUGAAUUGGUUUUAUUUAACCUCACUUUCUUCUGAUUUUAAGAAAGGA